AUGCUGCAUCGUUCUCUUGGGUGGCUAUGCACAGCCGCGCAGACGCAGGGUAGCAAGGCGCUCACGUCGGAGGGCCGCCCCUUUGCCCUAGUGCAUCGCGAGAUAACCGCUGUCAGGGAGCACAUUCAGUCGCUCGUGGCGAACACAAACAACGAAGUGCUGGAUCAUGCCGGCAAGUAUGCGCUGGCUGCGGGCGGCAAGCUGAUGCGUCCGGCGCUGGUGGCUCUCAUGGCGCAUGCAAUGCUGCCGCUCGACGUGAGUGCGCGUCUGCUCGAGGAGCCGAUCGGAUCGCUGGACGAGGUGACGCCAGGCACCAUUCUGCCCUUCCUACGGCUAGCGGAGGUCACCGAACUCAUCCACACAGCCUCGCUUGUGCACGACGACGUCAUCGACAGCAGCGACAUGCGCCGUGGACGUCCUGCCUUACACAAGGUCUACGACACGAAGCGUGCGGUGCUCGCCGGUGAUUACAUUCUGGCCCGCGCAUCCUUCUAUAUUGCAACACUGCAAGUGCCGCGCAUCGUUAUUCUCAUGACGACAGCGCUGGAGGAGUUGAUGUCCGGGGAGCUCCUUCAGAUGGAUGGCUGCUUCGACAUCCCUCGCUACGAGCAGAAGAGCUUCUGCAAGACGGCGUCCCUCAUCUCCAACUCGCUCGCUUCCACAGCGGUGCUGGUGGACCCGGGUAAUGAGGCGCUGGAACAGACGGCAUUCGACUUUGGCAGGCACCUUGGCAUUGCCUUUCAAAUCCUCGACGACUGCCUAGACAUCACCGGCGACGAGAAGACGAUGGGAAAGCCGAAGUUGGCCGACAUGAAGGAAGGCAUCGCGACGAUACCGGUGCUCCUCGUGGCGCAGCGCAACGCGAAGGUGGAUAAGAUGGUGCGACGCCGCUUUAGCGAGCUGGGUGAUGUCGAGUACUGUCUGGAGGCAAUGGAAAAGGAAGGUGCGGUGGCCGAGGCAAUACAACGCGCGGACGAGCACUGCCGGCUCGGGAUCGAGUCACUGCACAAGCUGCACCACUCGCCCGCGCGCGACGCACUCGCGAAUGCGCUGUUGAUGGUGAUAAACCGCAAGUCGUGA